AUGAUCAUGAAGCGCAUCUUCACUAGCAGUAGCUCUGAUGUUUCAUCAGCUUUGGAACAUCUGAGAUCUCGGGCCCACAUGCUUGGAACAUCGCUUUCCGAUCCUGACCAUAUCCGGCGGAAAAAUCCUGAUGCGCUGACCAGGGCCUCGAUGAACCCCGGGAAUUACUUCAGGCUGAUCACUGCGCGCUCGGAAUUGAAAGAGUUUCAGAGCAUGUUGAAGAGCAACCAAGUGAAAGAACGGACAGGGUCGGCUGGCUAUGAGAUUUCUUCCUUUGAUGUGAUGCAUGAAAGAUGGUCAUUGUGCCUCACGCAGACGGUGAAGCUGAUGAGGUCCGAGUACAAAGAACACAUGUGCAUCAAACACAAAAAUGCAGAUCCCAACCAAGCCACAUGGAAGUUGUAUCUCCCACUGGCAGAGGGAUGUGCUUUCAAUGGGCCGGAGGAGUUCUUUCGUUCUGGCCACCACAGCCGUCUGUGGACUUUGGUCAAGAAGCAUCUGAGCCCAAGCACAGCGGCAAAGGAUGGUUGUCGCUGCCAGACAAUGCCUUGCCUUUCUAACGGUGCUUCCACUCAUAGCCACGUUCUAGUGAUCAAAAUGCCAGCCCUUUUGGGAACCAGCUUGAAUCAUGUGGCCGGGCUUGCUUCAGUUUGGUAUUGGAACUUGGAGCGGGCGGAGUUUUCCAUGGGAUAUGACCGCAUGGAGUUUCGCUUGAUGGAGUACAAACUGACUACGGAGGUCAUGCCAGAUUCUUGCACAGUCCCGGACAUCGCGGCGCGCAAACGUGCUGCGGAGCAAGGAUUGGAGAAGUGGAGGCUGUUUGAAGAGUUGGAGUACCACCAGGGCGAGGUGAAGCACAUCAAGUUAGCCAUGCGUCACAUGGGCGAGCAGAGGGCGAACUCUGAGCCGAGUCCCCAACGCACUGCUGAGCCUGCCAGGUCUUCCUUUACGACUUCCGAAGACGAAGUCGAUGACAAUGAAUUUCUCCCAUUGGUACUCUCAUUGGUGUGA